ACUGCACAAAGAAGAGGGAUCAAACUUAGCUCCAAGCACCUUCAGUAUCUAGAAGGAUCAAUUCCAGACGAUGAAAUACCGUCGCACGAUAGAACAUGUACGAAACAAUUAGAUCCCUCCUUUUUGGAUAAUUCAACGUUUAGCAAAGAAAUAAGUAACAAAUUUUUAUCACAAUUCAGGAAUGAGAUAACAAAUAAACCACCGGAUUCAACAGGAGCAAAUACUUCAAUUUUAAGUAAAAACGUUAAAUGUCAAAUUUUUAACAAUUCAUUACAUUCGGAACAACAAAUCAAAACUCCAAUAAAAACACUUAGUAACAAUAAUAUAAAACGUCAUUUUGUAAUUUUAAAUGAUAACAAUUUUAGGCAACAACAUCCAAAUAAUCAUAAGGAAGAUCCUCAUGAAUCGCACAUUAAUAUAUGUUUAAAUUAUUCGGCGACUAAUGAUUUGAACCCUCUUAGUGGCCAAGACAAGACCGAUUUUGAAACAAAUUAUUGUGAAGAAUUUGAAUCUCUGGAAUCGAGUGAAUACCAUAAAAGACUUAAAUCAUUUAGAAGAAGCUCUAGUAGAAAAUCAUCAAAUAGUUGUUGUGCCACUACUACAAAUUCCUCACCAAAGCAUUUGAAAUAUAAACCACGUUCGCCAACUCAAAAUUCUGAAGUCGAUUCUGCAGUUGAGUCCAACAAAAAACGUUUUAGUUACUGUAGUAGUUGCAGCAGCAGUAAUAGUUGUAACUGUGAUAUCACAGGGGAAAAUAGUAACACUCUUUAUGAAGGUUUUGGUAUUGGUGUUGUAGUAAGUAGCAGUUAUACGGACGAUUGUGGGACUGGAAGCGGUGGAACUGUAAGUUUAGCCAGUGCUGCUAACGGUCAGGCGCCCUUAUCUUCGUUCAGGGGUGGACCUAAUACAGAUAGCUUAUAUGGUUUACAGCAUCCACACGGAGUUGAGUAUUUUGAUAACCAACAAGACAACGAUCAAACAGCAAAUGUCUCUGAUGAUUGCAGUGAUUUUGAUGAUUCUUGUAGUGAACCACCAUUUCUGAUAGAAGAUUUACCUCGUGUUGAAACGGAAAAUAAAAUUUUAAGCAAUAAUCUAAAAAAUUAUUCGAAGUUUCAGGAAAAGCUUUACAAAAAACAACAAAGGUUUAUGCAUUUUAAUAGUCACUGCGAACCUAUAAAUAGUGAUUUGCAAUCGCAUAACUAUCAAAUACAAAGCUCUUGUCACCGUGACAUAGUACUCUACAAUAAAGACUCUUUAGAACACAAUAUUAUUUUAAGUUAUAGUAAUAAUAGUCUUAAUUUUAACAUGAUGAAUUUUGAUGCCAGUAACAAAAUUGAUGCCCAAGCUGAAGUUCUAACCCGUUCAGGCAUAGGAACGAGCAGUGGAGGCGUUAAGGUACUAAGUGGUGGCGGCGGUGAAGAUGGGGAUCAAAACGAACUUAAUAAUAUAUACGCUACUGGUGGUUUUCCGAACAUUCCUGAAACAGUAAAUGGUACUACAAUAUGUGGAGCUACUCCUGGCGUCGGAGUAAACCAACAAAAGUCUACUGGUGCAACCACUCAAAAACGACCACAAAGAAGAGGGGGUAAACAACAACCUGAUCGACCAGAGAGAGCCCUUUUUUGUUUGACUUUAAAAAAUCCACUUCGUGCGUUUUGUAUAAGAAUUGUAGAUUCAAAAAUAUUUGAAUAUUUUAUUUUGUUAACAAUAUGCAAUUGUGUGGCCUUAGCUGUAUAUACGCCUUAUCCUUCUGGUGAUUCUAAUGUUACAAAUCAAACUUUGGAAAAAGUUGAAUACAUAUUUUUAGUUAUAUUUACAUCAGAAUGUGUUAUGAAAAUUAUAGCAUAUGGAUUUGUUUUACACACUGGUUCAUAUUUAAGAAACGGAUGGAACUUUCUGGAUUUUUUUAUAGUUGUAAUAGGUAUGAUUUCUACGGCUUUAUCAAAUUUAGUUAAGGAAGGUUUUGAUGUAAAAGCGUUGAGAGCUUUUCGUGUGCUCCGGCCAUUACGAUUGGUGUCAGGUGUACCAAGUUUACAGGUUGUUUUAAAUUCAAUUCUAAAAGCCAUGAUACCACUGUUGCAUAUUGCACUGUUAGUAUUGUUUGUGAUAAUAAUUUAUGCUAUAAUUGGUUUGGAAUUAUUUUCGGGAAAGCUACAUAAAACGUGUCGAAACCCUACAACCGGUGAAUAUUUAGGAGAUUUAGAUGAAUUACAUCCAUGUGGUGUUGGAUUUCCAUGUCCUGAAAAAUAUGUGUGCUUUGAUGAAUGGGUCGGUCCCAAUUGGGGCAUUACGAAUUUUGAUAACUUUGGUUUAUCAAUGUUAACAGUGUUUCAAUGCGUUACCUUGGAAGGUUGGACGGAUGUUUUGUACAAUAUACAAGAUGCUAUGGGUUCAAGCUGGGAAUGGAUUUAUUUCGUUUCUAUGGUGAUAUUAGGUGCAUUUUUCGUCAUGAAUCUAAUUCUUGGUGUGUUGUCUGGUGAAUUUUCUAAGGAACGUACUAAAGCCAAAAAUCGUGGCGAUUUUCAAAAGCUACGAGAAAAGCAACAAAUUGAAGAUGAUCUGCGUGGUUAUUUAGACUGGAUAACGCAGGCUGAAGAUAUUGAACCCGAUACCGAUGGUCAAUUAAUAUCAGAUGGAAAAACUAAAACCGCAAAUGAAAUGGAAUCACCAAAUCAGUUGGGAGAACACGAUCAUGGAUAUGAAACACAACAGACUGAGUCAUGGUUUCGUAAGAAGAAGAAAGAUUUGGAUCGCGUAAACCGCCGCCUUAGAAGAUCGUGUCGAAAGGCAGUUAAAUCUCAAGCAUUUUAUUGGUUAAUUAUAGUUUUGGUAUUUUUAAAUACGGGAGUACUGGCAACAGAGCACUAUAAACAGCCCUCCUGGCUAGAUCAAUUUCAAGAGUAUACGAAUAUAUUUUUUAUUGCUCUAUUCACAUGUGAGAUGAUAUUGAAAAUGUACAGCCUCGGAUUUGAAGGUUAUUUUGUAUCUCUGUUCAACCGUUUUGAUUGUUUUGUGGUUAUUGGUAGCAUUACAGAAAUGAUAUUGACUGGUAGUGAGUUAAUGCCUCCAUUAGGUGUAUCUGUGCUACGUUGCGUACGUUUGCUGCGAGUUUUCAAAGUGACAAAAUAUUGGCGUUCAUUGUCCAACCUGGUUGCUUCUUUGCUCAAUUCCAUACAGUCAAUUGCAUCGCUUUUACUUUUGCUGUUUCUAUUUAUUGUGAUAUUUGCCUUGUUGGGAAUGCAAGUGUUUGGUGGUCGGUUUACUUUUAAACCGGAAGAAGAAAAACCUAGAUGGAAUUUCGACAGUUUCUAUCAAAGUCUUCUUACAGUGUUUCAGAUAUUAACGGGCGAAGAUUGGAAUGCUGUUAUGUACGAUGGCAUCAGAGCAUACGGCGGUGUUUUCUCAUUUGGCAUUUUGGCCUGUAUUUAUUUCAUUAUUCUGUUUAUUUGUGGCAAUUAUAUAUUGCUAAAUGUUUUCUUGGCUAUUGCGGUAGAUAAUUUAGCCGAUGCUGAUUCAUUAACUGCAAUUGAUAAAGAAGAGGAGGAACAACAACAGCAAAUGGACGAAGUUAAUAAAUCACGAAGUCCUACCCCUACCUUAGAUGAUAUGGAUGACGAACAUAAUAUGGAUAUUGAUAUGGAUAUUGAUCAAGAAAUGGACGAACACAAAAUAGAUGGCGAAAUUAUAUCGGAAGAGGACUUGUAUGGUGACGAAAGAGAAAUGUGUGAAGAAGAACAAGAAGGUUUCGUGUUUUUUGUCAUAAGUUGUGUAACCACAGCAAUUUUGGUAAUUUCAUACUGUGCUGCAUUAUGUUUUCAUCGGCCAUGUUAGCUGCGGAAAAUCCCUUAAAAGCAGACGCAAGUAGGAACCU